UUCCGGUCGGCUCCGUUCCAGACCGGAAAGUUUACCUUUAUCCUGACACGUCGCAACCCGUCCGAGUCGGCAGCGCUCCGGUAGAUCUGUCCAACAUCGCGGAGUGAGAUAUGGCCGGGUUUGACAAUAUCAACACAGACUUUUACCAGUCCAGCUACAGCGUCGACGACCAGAACCAGAACCAGAACCAGGGCUACACGAACACCGAGCACCCCAACAACAAGCAGUACGACGGUCAGUACGACUACUCCCAGCCGAUGGGCUACUCCCCCCCGGGGAUGAUGGCGCCCCAGCAGCCCUACACGGGGCAGAUCUUCCAGCCCGCCCAGACCUACACCCCGUCCCCGGCUCAGUCCAUGUACGGCAGCGGCUUCGACGACGAGCCGCCGCUGCUGGAAGAAUUAGGAAUCAACUUCGACCACAUCUGGCAGAAGACGCUGACGGUGCUCCACCCCAUGAAGGCGGCCGACGGCAGCAUCAUGAACGAGACGGACCUGGCCGGGCCCAUGGUCUUCUGCCUGGCCUUCGGCGCCACGCUGCUGCUGUCCGGUAAGAUCCAGUUCGGCUACGUCUACGGUAUCAGCGCCAUCGGCUGCCUCGGCAUGUACUGCCUGCUGAACCUCAUGAGCAUGACGGGCGUGUCCUUCGGCUGCGUGGCCAGCGUGUUGGGCUACUGCCUCCUACCCAUGAUCCUCCUCUCCAGCUUCGCCGUGCUCCUCUCCUUACAGGGCAUGGUGGGCAUCAUCCUCACGGCGGCCAUCAUCGGCUGGUGCAGCCUCUCGGCCUCAAAGAUCUUCAUCUCGGCGUUGGCCAUGGACGGGCAGCAGCUGCUGGUGGCGUACCCGUGCGGCCUCCUCUACGGUGUCUUUGCCCUCAUUUCUGUCUUCUAGGAAAAUAAUCCUCAUGUAACGGUUUGAAGAAGAAAAACAACGCUCCCUUAAAACCCCGAGAUCUGUCCCUCUGUUUUGUUCCCCUCACUACAUUCCCACUGGGCGGCGUCUCGCUCUGCCCUCCACGGCGUUCCCCUCCUCCACCUUUUUCAAGGAAAGGACCGUCAAAUUGGUGACAACAUAAGUCCCGGGGACCACGGUGAGGACAUCCAGUUGUGAUGUCAUGGACAUGACGGCUGAAAGGAAGCUAGAAAUUUUAGUUGAAAGUUCUCACACACGGACCGAUAACCGAAACCCGCGGACCGAUGUGAGCCUCGUCCGGCGACGCCCCCAACAGACUAAGGGAAACGCCCACUUUCCUCCCGUGCAGUACCUCCGACAGCCACCGCCCGGAGGAACACGUGGAAUCUCCUCUCCCGUCUCUCCUCCUCCUCUCCAGGACUAUAAACCUCGUGUUUUUAGUUUUACGUUCUUCUCUUUAGAUUCAUCUGACUUUCUUUGAUUCACACGUUUGCACAAAACCCCCAAAAAACGACGAAUUUGAUUCGGUUUUUGAGAAUUUAAAUCCAGACGUGUUUGUUUCUAGAGGUCGUUGCUAUCGUUUGCAUCCUUUUCUCUCAACAGAACCUGAAUUAUAUAUAAUAUUCAUAACACACUUAAAACCAGGAUUUGAUUAUAAAAGGAAGCAGCAGAUUAAAUAUAUUAUAUCUAUAUAUAUAUGAUAUAUAUAUAUAUACAUUUUAUAAUAUAUAUAUAUUAUAUAUACAUUUUGUUAUAUAUUAUAUAUACAUUUUGUUAUAUAUAUUAUAUAUACAUUUUGUUAAAUAUUAUAUUAUAUAUACAUUUUGUUAUAUAUAUAUUUAGAUAUUAUAUAAAUUCUUUUGAGAAUUUAAAUCCAGACGUGCUGUUUGUUUCUAGAGGUCGUUUCUCUCGUUUGCAUCUCAAGUCUUCACGUUGAGUGUUGCUCUCCGCUCUCAUGUUUCCUCUUCGUGUUCAUUAAAACAUUUUUAAAUGGA